UAACAAGCAAGGACAUGCGGGAAUACAGCUGGAACAGUUUCAAGGAUUUAAUUUUCACAAAUCCUGCUGUUGUUGACCAGGACCCACAUGUGGAUGAUGGUGAUGAGAAUACUGAGCGUGGGAACUGGGCCAGCAAGAAGGAAUACAUCCUCUCUAUGAUCGGCUAUGCUGUUGGACUGGGAAAUAUCUGGAGAUUUCCAUAUUUGGCCUACAAUAAUGGAGGGGGUGCCUUUCUUAUCCCCUACUUUGUGAUGUUGGUGUUGGCUGGAAUUCCUCUUUUCUUCCUGGAAAGCGCCUUUGGGCAGUUUUGCAGCCAAGGACCAAUUAACAUAUGGAGAGCAGUGCCUAUCCUGCAGGGUGUUGGUGUUGCCAUGGUUAUGGUCACUUUAAUAGUAUCAGUUUACUAUAACGUCAUCAUCGCCUACAGUCUGUACUACAUGUUUGCCUCCUUCCAGUCUCCUUUGCCGUGGUCCAGCUGCCUCAGUCAGGCUGACAGUAACUGCAGCAACACGCCAAUAGUGUACUGCAAUGUAAGUGGUUCUUUAGUGGCCAACUGGACUCAGGGAAACAGCACUUGCCCUUUAUCCGACAUAAUCACAGAUCCAGUGCAGAGCCCAAGUGAGCAGUACUGGGAUCGUGUGGCUCUGCAGAGAUCUAGUGGUCUGGAUGAAACAGGACCCGUAGUUUGGCACUUGGCCCUCUGUCUGCUGCUGAGCUCCAUGAUUGUUGCUGCAGCGCUCAUCAGAGGCAUCAAGUCAUCAGGCAAAGUUGUGUAUUUUACAGCUACAUUUCCUUAUGUGGUGAUUCUGAUCCUGCUGAUUAGAGGUGUGACACUAGAGGGAGCCAGAGACGGCAUAGAGUUCUACAUUGGUUCCCAAUCCAAUUUGACUAAACUGACAGAAGCACAGGUCUGGAAAGAUGCAGCAACUCAGACCUUUUACUCUCUCUCGAUUGGCUGGGGUGGAGUCAUGACUCUUGCUUCCUACAACAACUUCCACAAUAAUGUGUUCAAAGACUCAUUUGUUGUAACACUUACCAAUGCUGGUACCAGUGUGCUUGCGGGCUUUGCCAUAUUUUCAAUCUUGGGUCACAUGGCUCACAUCUACAAAAUGCCUGUUGGAGAAGUGGUGAAGGAAGGAUUUGGACUGGCAUUCAUUGCAUAUCCAGAUGCUCUUUCUAAGCUUCCUAUUUCCCCUCUUUGGUCCAUUUUGUUCUUCUUCAUGCUUUUGACUGUUGGUCUGGACUCUCAGUUUGCAGGAAUAGAGGUGAUUACCACCUGUCUGCUCGAUGCCUUCCCUAAAACCUUCAAAUCCAAACGAGCUUUAUUGACUAUAACAACAUCUUCCAUCCUCUACCUGCUGGGUCUGCCUUGUAUCACAAGGGCAGGAAUAUACUGGGUUACUCUAAUCGACCAGUUUGCCGGCAGCUGGGUGCUGCUAUUUUUGGUUCUCUUGGAGAUCAUUGGUGUCUGCUACAUAUAUGGAGGCAACCGUUUUAUUAAAGACAUUGAGAUGAUGAUUGGAAAAAAGAGUUUCACUUUCUGGCUGUGGUGGAGAGCAUGUUGGUUCUUUAUCAGCCCCUGCAUCAUAGUGGUGAUCCUGAUCUGGUCACUGAUCACGUUUACGCCACCCUCUUAUGGAGGAGUCCAGUUCCCAGUGUGGGGUUUGGUUUUGGGCUGGUGCAUUGCUGUAUUUAUCCUUCUCUGGGUCCCUGUCAUCGCUGUGUAUAAACUGAUGAGAGCAGAGGGAAGCCCCUGGAAGCGUCUGAAGUCAUUGUGCUCUCCAGCUGAACAAUGGCAUCCCUACCUGGACAUUCAUCGAGGAGAACGCUACUCACAAGAACACUGCCGCCUCAGGAUAAGGCAUAAAACCAAACCAGAAGUAAAUGUAAAUGUCAUCUCAAGCUCAUGGCUGUGAUGUGUGUUUUUGUGUGAUUACGUUUUCUUCUCUUCGGUGCAGCAGUGUAAUCUGUGAAACUUUAUACUGAAAGUUAAAGUUACAUUAAGUGAUUUGUGACAAACCGUCCACCAUUUCCUGCUAGGGCAGGCAGCUUGCAGCAAUCUUCUGUGAGGUCAUAUGUUUACGGUAAACGGAGCAGAGCCAUUUAGGACUCGACCACACAGACCAAUGACCAAAAACGAGUGAAACGUGUCUGAAUGCUACUUAGAAUAAUAGCAAUUUUUUUCAUGUUAAGGAAAUACUUUGAUUCAAUGUGUAUAUCAAACUAUUGUUUAAUUGGGCUUGAGAAUCAGGUAACGGGUCUUAAUUUGUCAAUGAUCCAUGGUUUUGUAUUUAUCUCAAUGUAUUUCAUCCAAAAUGCUUAUGUCCUCUCAGUAGUGACUGUACCAGUGAUCAUUUUUGUCUUUCUAUGUCAAGUAUAGUUUUGUGUCAGUUAUCUACAUCUUUUGUUCCUCACCUCUGAUAUUCUACAAUAAAUAACUUAUUUCUCCA